UCCAGUUAAAACCAUUCCCUACAGUUGAGCAGGCCUACGCUCAUGUCUGACGGGAAGAUGUCAGGCAGAUGGUAAUGACAUCAGGUGCAGAUACUGCUCCUGGAGUUGUUAUGGCAUCCAAAGGAAUCAAGGUAGACCAUUAUCAUACACCACUGAAGACAGGGGUUCUUUCUUUGAAUAGUGGAAAAUCAAAUCCAUCCUCCAAAUCUAAGGCUCCAUCUGAUGGCAUGAAAUGCACUCACUGUGGCAACGCCAAACAUACCCUUGAAACUUGCUUCAAGUUACAUGGAUAUCCAGAGUGGUGGCAUGAUCUUCAGGCACGGAAAAAACGUGAAGCUUCCGUUAUUGAUGACAGCACAGGGAGAGCUGCCAUGGUCACCGGUCAAUCCUCACUAUCCCUCACCUCCCAAAUAAAAUCUUCACAUAAUCCAGGAUAUUCUCACCAAUGAGAUAAUUGGGCGUGGUACUAAGAGGGGGGGAUUAUACUACGUGGAUGACUUCAGUCCGGGCAGAGUCAAUCACAUGCACCAUAUGGUUAACAACAAAGAAAGGCAGAUUUGGCUAUGGCACCAUCGCUUGGGACAUCCAUCGUUUGGGUAUUUGAAACACUUAUUUCCAGAUUUAUUUUCAAAUAUAAAGCACUCAAACUUUCAAUGCAAUACUUGCAUUUUAGCCAAGAGUCAUAGGGUUUCUUAUCCUGUGAGCAUGAAUAAAAGUACUAUUUCUUUUGCUUUAAUACAUUCUGAUGUGUGGGGACCUUCCCCUAUAACGACGUAUUCUGGUCAUCGAUGGUUCGUGAUUUUUGUUGAUGAUUCCACCCGAAUGACAUGGCUUUACUUACUAAAACACAAAGAUGAAGUAUUUGGUGUUUUCAAAUCCUUUCAUAUCAUGGUUCAGACACAAUUUUCUGCUAAGAUUCAGAUCCUUCGUUCUGACAAUGGAGGGGAAUAUGUUAAUCAGCAAUUUCAAGCAUACUUUCAGAAUCAUGGUCUUCUCCAUGAGACCUCAUGUUCUCAAACCCCACAGCAAAAUGGUAUUGCCGAAAGGAAGAACCGGCAUAUCUUAGAAACUGCACGUGCUUUAUUGAUCGGGGCACAUGUGCCUAGUCGCUAUUGGAAUGAUGCUGUUGCUACGGCCGUGCAUUUACUGAACCGUAUGUCUACAAAAGUCUUAACAUUUCAGACUCCAUUGAAGGUUCUUUCUGAUCAUGUCCCAUUACCUGCUGUUUUGCUGAUUCCUCCCCGAAUUUUUGGCUGUGUUGCU